AUGAAAGCACAUUAUUGUGAGGCGGAGAAAAUUCGUGGCCGUGAGGAAACUUUGGGGGCUGUAAGUAAAUAUCGAAUUCGGAGGAAAUUUCCGUUGCCAAGAACUAUUUGGGAUGGAGAAGAAACUAGUUAUUGUUUUAGAGAAAGUUCUCGAGCAAUUCUUCGUUUAUCUUAUCGAGAAAAUCCUUAUCCAUCACCGAAAGCCAAAAAAGAAUUAGCUGAGAGAACUUCAUUAACCCAAACACAAGUAUCUAAUUGGUUUAAAAAUAGAAGGCAAAGAGAUAGAGCUGCUGGAGGGUCUAGGUAA